GUGCGCUGUCACGCAGACGCCGCAACGGUGCGUGCGCGUGGGCGGAGUAGCUGUGGGGUUCAGUUAGGCUGAGUGCGGGCGCUGGAGCGGUUCGUUGCGGGAGAUGGCUGACAAGAAGAAAAUCACUGCAUCCCUUAUCUAUGCUGUUACUGUUGCUGCCAUUGGAUCUCUCCAGUUUGGAUACAACACUGGUGUCAUUAAUGCUCCUGAAAAGAUUAUCCAGGCCUUCUUCAACAGAACUUUAUCUCAGCGGAGUGGGAAGGCUAUCUCCCCAGAGCUUCUUACCUCACUAUGGUCCCUUUCUGUGGCAAUCUUCUCAGUAGGAGGUAUGAUUGGCUCCUUCUCAGUCAGCCUUUUCGUCAAUCGAUUUGGCAGGAGAAACUCCAUGCUGCUGGUGAACAUCUUGGCUUUUGUUGGGGGUGCUCUCAUGGCCUUAUCCAAGCUUGCAAAGGCAGUGGAGAUGCUGAUAAUUGGGCGCUUCAUUAUUGGCCUUUUCUGUGGUCUGUGCACUGGCUUUGUUCCCAUGUACAUCAGUGAGGUCUCACCCACCAGCCUUCGUGGAGCCUUUGGAACCCUCAACCAGCUGGGCAUAGUUGUAGGCAUCCUGGUGGCCCAGAUUUUUGGCCUCAAGGAGAUAAUGGGAACUGAAGCACUUUGGCCACUGCUGUUGGGGUUCACGAUUCUCCCAGCAGUUCUGCAGUGUGUGGCUCUUCUUUUCUGCCCUGAGAGUCCCCGUUUCCUGUUGAUCAACAAGAUGGAGGAAGAGAAAGCACAAACAGUUCUCCAGAAGCUUCGUGGUACACAAGAUGUAUCUCAAGACAUCUUGGAAAUGAAAGAAGAGAGUGCUAAAAUGUCUCAGGAAAAGAAAGCAACUAUACCAGAGCUCUUCCGCUCUCCAAACUAUCGUCAAGCCAUUAUCAUUUCCAUCAUGCUACAACUCUCUCAGCAGCUCUCAGGCAUCAAUGCUGUAUUCUAUUAUUCUACAGGGAUUUUUGAAAGAGCUGGAAUCAGACAGCCUGUGUAUGCCACCAUUGGAGCUGGUGUGGUAAACACAGUCUUCACUGUUGUAUCUCUGUUCCUGGUAGAGCGUGCAGGGCGCAGGACUCUCCAUUUAGUUGGUUUGGGUGGCAUGGCUGUGUGUGCUGCUGUUAUGACUAUUGCUUUGGCUCUGAAGGAUGCUGUGGUGUGGAUCAGAUAUAUCAGCAUUGUUGCCACUUUUGGCUUUGUGGCCCUUUUUGAGAUUGGCCCUGGACCUAUCCCUUGGUUCAUUGUGGCAGAACUUUUCAGUCAAGGCCCACGGCCUGCAGCCAUGGCAGUGGCUGGUUGUUCUAACUGGACCUCUAAUUUCUUAGUGGGAAUGCUAUUCCCCUAUGCUGAGAAAUUAUGUGGCCCCUAUGUCUUCCUUAUCUUCCUUGUUUUCCUGCUCAUCUUCUUCAUCUUCACGUACUUCAAAGUGCCAGAGACCAAGGGCAGGACUUUUGAAGACAUCUCCAGGGGCUUUGAAGGACAAGCAGAAACAUGCUCCCCAUCCUCGUCACCUGUCGAGAAGAAUCCCGUGGUGGAGAUGAACAGCAUAGAACCUGAGAAAGAAGUUGCCUAAGAUUCAUGACACACCCCUUCUUUUGACUCUUACGUAUUCAUAGAUUCAUUAAAGGAAUGAGCAAAGAAAUUACAAGAACUGGAACAGUUUAUUUCUCUAACUGCUGCUAUUUUCUUCUCUGUAUUCCUCUAUACUUCUCGUUCCCCCUAUUCUGCUAGGCUUACCAGCGUUAAGCAAAUCUGAUAUAUAGGCCAUUUUAAUUUUCUUAAAUACUGGAAGGUACUUGGCACUCUAGCAAAAAUAAUCUUGUUCUUUGCCACAAACAUCAGGUGAACAUGUUGGUAAUACUGUUACUUUUCUCACCUGUAAUUGCUACUUGGAAGUAACAUAAUUAUUUAUGCAGUGACUGUAAUGUAAUUUAAAUACUAUUUUUAUAGUGAGUUAAAGUUGCCCACUAAAUAAGUCCCCUGCCCUUCAUGUCUACUCUGUGUGGGUGUAUGUGUGAGCGUGUAUGUGCAGUGUUACACUGGAAUUUAGAAGCCUACUAAAAAGCCAUCUCCUUGCUUUUUCCUUUCCAGUGUGCACUUUUUUUCAGCCUCAGGAAAAGGGGGACCAAGUUGCAUGCCUAUUUUUUUCUUUUAUUUUUUUGUAUAGACAAACAGAACUUACUUUUACUUAAGUUUAUUUAUUUGUAUGUCACCUUGUAAAUAUUUAUUUUUUUAAUAGUGUACAAAAAUGUACAGAUAAUGAAGUUGAAGAUGUUUGACUUUGUUAUUCUAACAGAAGAUGCUGUAGACUUGAGGUGCAAUAAAACUGUAGAGAAGGAAUACUGUACUGAAGAGUAAGUUGGGUGUUUUGGAUGGUAGAACAGAGCCAAUUGUGCACAUCACCUUUUAAAGUUAAUUCUGCCCUUUGAAAAGUAAUUCAAGUAACUGAAUGCUGAUGAGAAACAGUAUGUAUGUCCACCAAAAUUCAUAUGCGAUUUAGAUGUUUUGAGUGGUGACUUUAAAUAUUGCUUUAAAGUAUUUGGAAAGUGAUAUUGCAGCAAAGAGGUGUUAUUAUUUUACAUUUUCAGUAACAGUUCAGCAUUGUUCAAGAUGAUUAAUGGUAUUGACUGCAAACCAGAACUUGACUUUUGCCUUCUCUUGACUUUUUGGCCUCUCUGCUUUAUUCUAGUAGGCCAGGAAGUUUGAUGCUUGCAGGUAGUUACUUAAGGUGCAUGGGUCUAAAAGUUGUUUUCCAAAGCUGUUAAAUAAUUAUUUAUAAAUAUUGGAGGCAAAACGGACCAUUUAUCUACCAGGAUCAUGCCAUGGCACAUGUACAUACAUAGAGAUGCAGAAUUAGGAACUAGAGCUACUGGAAUAUGCUAGUUUAGCAGCUUGAAAAAUUCAGUCUAUAGUUGGUUGUAGGCCAAAUGUUUUUGUUCUGUGACCUCUCUGGAAGAGGCAGUGUCCAGCAUUGUUCAUUGUUCUGUGCAAAUCUGUAGUAUUACCUCUGUUAGACCUAACAAGGCAGACACGGGGUAUUACAUAGGUAAUGCUCUCUCUUUCUCAUUGCUAGGUAAUCAAAAGUGUGUGUAUAUUUACCCACAGUUAUUGAGCUAAGUAUAAGCAAUCAGUUCAGUUUAGGAAGAGAGGAAAAAGUAAUAUAUUUUGGGGACUGUUGCUUCCUCUGACUAUAGUGCUCUGAGUUUUGGCCUGUAUAAACUAUGAAAAGUAGUGGAGGGGGGUAGGUAGACUCAUUAUCGUAGGUCUACAUUCUGCUUUUUUGUCUUAAUCAAACUCAGGUCUACCUGUAAACUCACACCAGAGUUCAUUACUAGGCAUCUUCUAUAAGAAACAGGUUUGCAGCAGGUUAGAUGAGUAGAAGAAAGAAGGGCCCCGAAUGAGAGAAAUGACAGCAAAAUUGUUAAUAGAACACAUAACCCAAGUUUUCUUCAACUUGCUAUGAAACUAUGUUUUCAGGAUUGUCCCUUUAGUUCUAGAGUUGUCUUUAGCAUUUUUUUAAUAACUAGUGAUGAGACUUUUUUUUUUUUUUUUUUUGUCUAACCUUCCCUAAUGAGAAAGAGUUAGAGAGAUCAAUAAGAUUUGCCUCUGUGAAAUACUUGCUGUGAUGUUGUUUGAAGUACUUCCAUCUUUGCACAAUAUAGUCCUAUUGCAUCCAAAUUUCCCCUGCUUUCCAUCAGGCUUCUCUAGGAGAUAUUUAUUCCGAGAGGUAUUAAUCAGACUACUUCACUCCUGACUUUUGUAUUUUGCCCAUUUAUACAGUUUGUGCCCUUUGCAGGAAAAUGUCCUCUGUAUGGACAUCUGCUGUCCAAGGAAAUUUCUCCCACAGCUGUGUAUUCUAUACUUUGCUUACAGAAGUGUGUUGGCUUGUAUCAAAAUGUACAGGUCUUUCUCAUAUGGUAUCUUUUGUUAUUGUGUAAUAGCAUUGUGGAUAUUUCUGAUGGAUUUUAUAAGCUUAUUGUGAUUUGUUUCAUGUUUUUAAAAUAAAGAUUACAGGUCUAAUUAA